AUGGCUCAGGAAACCUUUGCCUUCAGCUCCUCAGCCCUACGCUCCCUGCAGCUCCAGCGGGAGCUGUUGGAGCAGGAGGAGCGCCGGCGAGCCCUGGCUCGGGAGCGGGCCACGCGCCGGUUGCUGCCCGCCAGUCCCCGGCCCCCCCUGCUCCCCUCCCGGCGGACGCAGUACUGCCGGGACCCUGCUGUCCACAAUGCCCUGUACACUGGGGACCUCCUGCGCAUCAAGAGCAUCUUUAAGGAUGAGACCACCACGAACCUGAUCAUGGAGACGGUCACCGAGGAGCUGGUGUGGUCACCUGAGCAGGGGCUGUGGGUGCUGAGCCCCCGCCGGCAGCAGACGUCAGCCCUGCGCAUCGCGGCCGGCCGGGGCUACGGGGAUUGCGCCCGGCACCUGCUGCUGCGGGGCGCGGACGUGAACGCGGUGGUGGGCGGCCGUGCCCCGCUGCACGACAGCGUGUCCGCCCCCCGCGCCGACUGCGCCUGCCUGCUCCUGGCCUUCGGCGCCGACCCCGACCUGCCCAGCGCCGACGGCGCGGCCCCGCUGCACCUCUGCACCGCGCGCGACAGCCUCCGGUGCGCGGAGCUGCUGCUGGCGCACGGGGCGCGGGUGAACCUGGGGACGCGAGACCGGCAGCUGACGGCGCUGCAUGUGGCGGCACGGCACGGGCUGGUGGCCCACGUGGAGCUGUACCUGCAGCACGGUGCCGACGCCACGCGCCGCAGCCGCCAAGGCGAGACCCCCCUCAACGCCGCUUGUGCCGCGGCCGAGCACCCUGAGGACGCCGAGCGCUACUACCAGGUGGCUGAGCAGCUGCUGGCAGCGGGGGCCGACCCCAGGGCCGCUGGCCGCAAGGACCACACGCCGCUGCAUAACGCCUGCAGCAACGGACAGGCCCGGCUGGCGUGGCUGCUGUUGCGCCACGGAGCCGAUGCCACUGUCCCCAACUGCGCUGGCUACACCCCCAUGGACUGUGCUCUCCACGCCGUCGAGGAGUACCAGCACCAGCAACCCGAGGAAACCAUCGCCCUCCUCCUCAACCACGGCGCCGGCCCCGUCCAGCCCAAGAUGCUCAAGUUCUGCUGCCGGCACCCGCCGGCGCUGGAGGUGGUGCUCAAUGCCUAUGACCGCAUUCCCCCCGCCGACAGCUGGGUGGACGCCGUGCCUCCGGAGCUGUGGGAGGAGCACCGGGAUUUCUACGCCUCGGCACUGUGCAUGGCGGGUCAGCCGCGCCGGCUGCAGCACCUGGCCCGCUGCGCUAUCCGACGGCACCUGGCUGCGCGCUGCCACGCCGCUAUCCCGAAGCUGGCCCUGCCGCCCCCGCUGCGCCGCUACCUCCAGCUGCCCCUGGAGGGGCUCAUCUCCUGA